AUGGCGGACAGGACUAAACUAUGGAAAAAACCUGGCAACCGUGACUAUGCGCUGGAUACAGCAGACAGUAUGGCGGACAACGAAAGUGAUUUGGAAACAGACGGGCUUGAAUUAGCUCUAGACACACUGUGUCUUAAACACUGCAGCGAUGAGUCCUCCCUGAACAAUAAAAACUAUUGCACUGAGUUUUGUGAGCUGGUUGAGGAAUACACAGGGCAGUGGCAAGUUCCUCUCCCUCAGCUCAAGGUGCUGAAAACUGCACUCGGCAGUUUUACCAAAGCCACUGCUGCCUUCCCAGAUGGUUGUCAGCACAUCCAGUACGUUCUCAGCAGUCUAGCCUUGAGUUUCUUCGAACUGAUGCUGUUUUUCAGCAAAGAAGAAUUUGUUGAAGAGCCUUUAAAAGACAUCCUUGAUUCUUUUCAGGGGUGCCACUCUCAACUCCUGAGACACAAAAAUAUCUACCUGCAGCAUGUGAAGCAGGUUAUCAAAGGGGGUGGUCCAUGGGAAAAUCCAGUCCUGCAAGGUAUCCUAAAGGAGACAGAUUUGCCUCCCAGUGAAGUUGACGAUUACUUGAGUACAGAAUUGCCAAUAUUCUUGGAGCUGCGAGUUCGAUAUCUUCAAGCCUGUGAACGGAUGCAGGAAGCCAUGGCCCUGGCUAAAAGCUGCAUUGAAAAUCACGAGGCUGGAAAGCAUCUGUACUUUCACCAGGCCUACCUUACCUGCCUUUAUAAGGCCUCACUAUAUGAAAACCUUCACAAAGAGAUGGCAGAAAUUGAUGGCCGUGAUGCAGUGGAGAUAAUCUGCAACACAGAGAGUGUGGAGAAAGAUGAACUUCUUUUGUCGCUGUGUAAAGCUUUCCUCACUCGGCAGCUGCAAAACGGAGACAUGUAUUAUAUUUGGGACCUGGUUUUCAUCUGGAGCAGGUUGUAUCUUAGGGCUCAUCCCUCCCGACAAGGCUUUCUGGCUGAGUGCUUGCAGCUGGCCUCCUCUGCUACUAAUGUCAGAGCCAUCUUCCCCUUCGUCAAACUGGUCACCACUGAGCUUGGUACUGAAGGGGUCCAGGUGUGCGUGGAGCUCUGUGCCAGGGCCCUGCAUUUGUGUGACAGGCAGGCCGACACCGUCACACAGUCACUGGUCUGCAAGACCAUCGCCUUCCUGCUGCCUCAUGACCUGGAGAUCUGUCGAGCGUGCGCACUGCUCGUCUUUUGCCAGGAACGGAGCCUGGAGGCGUACCGGACCGUGUGCCUGCUCUACAUGCAUCCCGAUCAGGAGCCACACCCCCACAACAGCCCUGUCCGGACCAACGUGCGCUUCCAUAUUCUGCAGAUGCUCAAGAAUCGCCUUUGCUUUGACCCGGAAUUUUGGAACUUUCUCACCCUCAGGGCACACUGUUUAGAGCUGAUGAGCGACAAUGUGAUGAAGGAUGCCGUACUUAGUGAAAUGAAGGAGGAAGAGGAAAAGGAAUCCAGUGCAGAUCCUUUGGCAGCUACCUGUGUAAAUGGUUCAUGCAUUCUGGGUAUUAAGUCCUGUCACUGCACUCAAACGGCGACUGCGAAAGAAGACCUGCCAGAAAAGAAACCUGUUGUUGAAGCAGAAAGAAAGUUUCUCCAAUCAAAUAACGGACCUCUGAACAGAAGAAAAUGGAGAAGAAUCAGAAAAAGAUCGCAGUCCGUGUCUGACGAUGAAUGCGAUAUCGCUGAUGAUCCGGAGAUCAAAUACAAUUUCAAGUCUGCCAUCUCGGGUAAUAAUAAGCCUGUGUAUUCACUAAGGCACAAUCACACUAACAUGGAGAAUUCUGCUCCUGUUAAGCUUCCUCUGAACCGCAAAAGAGAAUACCUGUCCCGAUGUGUGAAGAGCCAAAUUUUGAAAAGGAAAGGCCGCAAGAAGAGGUGGUUGCAAGGUCUUCCAAGGCUGGAGCAGGUGCCAACGGCUAAAGAGAAAAAGGUCAUCGUCAAAGUUAAAGGGAAAAAACGGGGAAGGAAGCCUUUAUCCAAACUGGAGUUAUCUUAUCCGGACAAUGAAAUAUACCUCACAGAGGAAGAGACUCUGAUUAAAGAAACGGACACAGACAAUAAGGAGCAGGACAUGCUUUGCAUGAAAAACAAGUGUCUAAAAGACAGCAAACUCGAGCAUCUGAGUGAACCCGCAACAGAAAAAGGAAAUAUGAACUCAGUUAAUGGUAGCAGGGAAAAAGACCCAGAAGAAUCUCAGACACGGGUUGAGAGCCAGUCUUUUGAAAGCCCAUGCUGUGAGCCCCGGGCAGAUGUCCCCACCCCUGAAGCUGAUUCUGAGCUUGAUGGGCCAUUGUUGGAGUUAAUAGAUUGUCCAGUAGAAAUGUUACACAAUUAUUCCCUUAAUUCCAAAAAGCUUGAAGCUGAGAAGCCUCAGUCUGCAGAAUCUCAGCCGUCUGAGGAGGCCAAUGGCAUCACGGAGCAGGAGCCCCAGCCACAAGUGGAAGAAGACGGCCCCAAAGCACAGGUAAAAACCAAGAAAACUUGGAAGGACAGACUGCGCCGCAGUCAGCAAUAUGGCCAUUUGACACUCCACUGCAACUUCUGCCACAAGAACUACAAGGGUCUAAAUGUAAUGAGGCAUGCGCUCUCACACCUGAAGAGCAGAAAACUCCGAUGCAUCCUCUGUAUGAAGCGCUUCAAACAGCUCCCCUUGGCAAAAAAGCAUGUUUUGGAGCACAUAGACGAAAUGUGCAAUCAGAAGCCCCCUGAUCCGGAGCCAUGCCCAGAAACAACUCCAGCCUCUAACGGAGUAACGGAUGUGCUGGACAUUCAGCACCGGCCACCGCCCGAAAAUCAGGCCUCUGUUGCCGAAGAGGAAACUCCGGAGCAGAAGGCCAAAGGGAGAGCUAAAGUGUCAAGCCUCAAGAGGGAAGAGCGCAUCAUCAGGAACGUGCGCACGCUCCUGAAAAAGACCUCCACGCUUUACAAAAAAUCCAAAAACCCCGACGCAAAUGCGGCGAAGCCGCUCAACUUCAAGGACGAGCAGGUGGUGAUCGCAGACGGCGUGGUGACCAUAAAGGACUCCUCUGUGAUGAACACGGAGGAAGAGGAGGAGGGGAAGGAGACGCUAGCAGGAGAAAACGGUUGCGGAGUGGACAUCAGAUACCACCUGUGCCCGUCCGACUCCUGUGACCGAGUUUUCCUGAGGAUCAGCUCUACCCUGACAAAGCACGCCAUCAAAUGCCACAGCGAUGAGGAGAAGGUGCUGGAGAAGACUUUUAUUUGGACCAAACGCAAGUGCACCUUUUGCUUCAGGCAGAUCCAGUUUCUCCAGCAUUACAAGGACCACAUGAAGCUACACAACGACACACUACCGCACUUCUGCUUCCACCUGGAAUGCACGCAGCGCUUCCUGACGCAGCAGGAGCUGAAGGACCACAUCAUAUCCCACAAGCCUUUCAGACCUCAGUGUCCAUUCCCGAACUGUGACAAGCUCUUCUCCAGCUUUCAAGGGCUCUACGACCACGAGUGGAGGCACUACAUCCCGGCGCCGCAGAAGGACGAGCUGGAGAUGGGCCCCACCAAGCAGGUGCAGCCCAGCGCCGAGGCGCCCUGGAAGCAGAGGGUGAAAGUGGAGGAAAUAUGGCUGCAGAGUAAAAAGGGGCAGAGAGAGAGUGAAAAUGAACUCCUCGAUCAGCCUUCAAACAAUAGUCAACCCAAAUUAGAAAGCGGUUCAGCAGAAACGGCCAGCGAAGAGCACAAAGCGGACAGCAACGGGUUGGAGGAGCCGGCGAGAGAGAGCGGCGAGCUGAUGUCCGCCUCCUGCGCCGCCUCUGCAAGCAGUCCCGACAAGAAGGCCAAAAAACCGCCCAAAGACUGGGACGUCAUCAAUGUCCGAGACGUGGAAGACAUGUCCACUCUGGCCGAGGGUUUCCAGAAGAAUAUGGCAGAGCCACACAUCACCGAGCACAAAACCUUCAAGCCUGAAGAUCCCUCCUACGCCCCCUUCGUCAAAGCGCCCUUCGUCCGGCCGCCGCCCUCCACUUAUCUAGACGAGUCCCUGCUCUCGAUGCGCAAAAGGAGGUCCACUGACCCCGCUGCACCUCCGCUUAAGAAAUUUGCUUGCUACAACACUAAGAAAAAGAAGCCCCCCACCACGGAGAAGGAGAAGCAGGCAGCGGCACCCGAACUGAAGAUCAGACACCGAUGCGACAAAUGCCUCUCGUCCUUCAGCAGCCCCGAGGAGCUGCAGAAACAUCUGGCCCUGAACACCUGCUCCUCGCUCUUUGGCUUUGAUUCAGAGGAUGAAAGUUGAUUGAAAAAGUCCCUAAUGAACUUCUAGCCCUUUAAAUGAUUAACCACUGGUACCCUUCGUCUGCUUUAAGGAGACGGCGAGCUGCUACGACCAUUACUCACUUCUACCACUAUCUUUCUUCAUGGAUGUUUAGAAUACUAAUACCAACGGAAUUGUGCCAAAAACUCUAAUUAGUUAUUAAUCCACCUUUUCACAGCAAUAAUGUUGACUAAUAAUUACAGUAUUUCUUGUCAUUAUUGUGGUGUCAAAUGUUGUGGCAUCAAUCUGAUUUUAUUUAUUUCAAAAUUGGUGACAUUUUCUAAACUAUUUAUUUAAGAAAAUAUAUGAGAAUGAAUUAACUGGCAUUAAGUCCAUCUCAGUAUUAUUAUUAUUAUUUUUAUAAAGGUUUUACCGGCAGACACUCUUUCAGGUUUGGCCCACCUCCACCAAAAUGGUGCCAGAAACACAGUGAUGGAUUUUAUGCGCGUCGUUGGCAGUUUGCGGUGUAUAAUGUUGACACUUAGUCUUCCGAACGACCGAUGCCUGGUUGUUGUGUUCUUAAAUGUUUUUUGAUGUUGAAAUUGAUCUGGAUCAAUCUUCCAAGGGUUAGUGUUCAUUCAUGGGGAUUCUUAACCAAACUGCGUGAAGCGUGUAUGUCAUCUAAUUAUCUCUCUAGCACACAGAUCGUUGUUUUUUUUUGUGCCAAAACUGAAACUUGAUUCAGACAAUUCUCCUAAAAGCUGGUUGUGUAGAAUUUCUCUUGAUGGUGUUUCUGUAUAUACUAAAACUUUUUAUUGUGAUUUUUUUAUGAAACUGCACUCAAACCUGCUUAUUUAUAUGUAUAAAUGUUGAUAGACUGUUUUUGGUAAAGGUCAGGCUGCUGCCCAUCUAUUUUUCUUAAAGAAAAAGUCAUUUAACUUGUUUGAAUAAACAAAUGUUAAAGAAACACCUCAUUAUUUUCAGAUUUUCCUAAUGUAAAUAUGUGAAGUGGAGUGGGCGUAAAGAUUGAGAUCACAAACUAAAUGUCUCAAAUAGUCUUCAGCUGGAGGAAAUAAUGCACCGAUUAAAUUACUCAACCA